AACAACUCCUAUAACAACUUUCGUAAUCACUUUUCGUAAACCAAUUCGUUUCCCCAAAUGGGACUUUCUCAAUGGCCAAACCCUCACUGAAACCCUAAUUCAACAAUUCUUCUCUUUUUCUUCAAUCGAUUUUUCAAUUCAUCUUUCAUCAAUCACAACCAAUAGCCGUAGUAUUAACAAUUCGUUUAUGGCAUUAGCGAUCAUCGAUUCCACACCACCAGCAGCUUCUUCACUCGCUCCUGGUUUUCGGUUCCAUCCGACCGAUGAAGAACUCGUUCGGUACUAUCUCAGGCGUAAAGUUUGCGGUAAACCGUUCCGGUUUGAUGCUAUAUCGGAUGUUGACGUGUACAAAGUGGAGCCGUGGGAUCUUCCAGGGUUGUCUAAGUUGAAGAGUAGAGACUUGGAAUGGUACUUUUUCAGUAUGCUUGACAAGAAGUACGGGAAUGGAUCCCGAACGAAUCGUGCUACUAUGAAGGGGUAUUGGAAGACUACUGGAAAGGACCGGGUGGUUCACCAUAGAUCUCAACAGGUUGGGAUGAAGAAGACACUGGUGUACCACAGUGGACGGGCCCCGAAAGGUGAGAGGACAAACUGGGUUAUGCACGAGUAUAGGCUCAUUGAUCAGGAGCUCGAAAAGGCUGGAAUUCUGCAGGAUGCUUUCGUACUUUGUAGGAUAUUUCAAAAAAGUGGCUCCGGACCUAAGAACGGUGAAAAGUAUGGAGCACCGUUUAUUGAAGAGGAAUGGGAAGAUGACGAGGCAAUAUUUGUGCCCAAACAGGAUGAUUAUGCUGAGGAGUUACCUGUUGAUAAGGAUACCUAUCUAGAUGCUAAUGAUAUCGAGCAGAUCCUUAAGACAGACAUGCCAAGAGAAGACGGCCCUCUCCCGUUAAUCUACGACGGUGAUAUAUCUGCAGAAGUGACUGAUGGCCCACAAAAGUCGGUGGUGGUUGCAGGUGAAUAUGAACCUCCAGUUGACAAAACUGACGGGUCCAAGUUGUUUGAUCCGUCCGUGCAGACUGAGUUGCAUGUCGGAUCUGUAAACCAAGGAUAUGUUGGAGAAUCAAGCAAUACGAUGGAUUUCGGCAUGGACUUUUUGCUUGAUGAACCAUACUUUGAUGCUAAUGACGGUGAUCUUCCGUUUGAUGAUAGCCUGUUCUUUCAAGCCGACGACCUUAAAGAUGCAGUGGGCGUGGAUUCUGGCCUUGAUAUACUUAAUGAGUAUACCUCAUUGUUUAAUCCGGAUGUUGACAACUACCAGUACACUUUUGAUUCGUUUGAGAACAAGAACACUCUCCCCGAGUUGAUGCCAACUUUUGAGAAUAUGAAGGAAGGAACCCAUCAAGUGAGUGAUGCUAGCCUGCCGUUUGAAGGACAAAAUGACAAGAUUGCCCCCUCUUCUAAGCUUCCAAAUCAAGAAACAGAUAUUUCAUACCCCUUUCUCAAAAAGGCGAGUUACAUGCUGGGUAACAUUUCCGCUCCACCUGCAUUGGCAGCCGAGUUUCCUACAAAAUACAUGGCGUCUGCUUCUCAAGCUUCAAGCUCAGUCAAUGUCACUCUCAGCAACGUCUUCUUCAAUGGGGGUGUGGUUGACUUACCACUGGGCAAGCACGCUCAACUCAACAUCGUUCUCUCUUUCGGGUCAACAGGUCAAAGUGACGUCAAUUCACAUCAAGCUGGGAAGGUGGUUGAUUCAGCUGUGCCGCGUAGUUGGUUUUACUCUGCGUUUCUCUGGAUUUUGGUGCUUUCUUUCAGCUUCAAGAUUGCGAGCCUCGUAUGUUCUAGAUCAUUCAUGAGCUGAGACUGUUCUAUCUAUAAUAAACUAUACUUAUUUGCUAUGUUUUUAGUAAGUUUACAAAAGUAUAACUUUGGUGGAAGUACUUUGUGACUGAUGACUUGGCAUUUGAACAGCUAUCAUAUAUUAUCGGUUUGUAUUGCGCA